CAACACUUCCAUCAUUCAAAAAAACAAGAAAGAAAUAGACAUGCAUGUUGGUGGUGUCAUGGUGUUAGUUUUGAUGGUGAUAACACGAAAGACGCAGAGAAGAAGGUGGUAGCAUCAUAUACGCUCGAGGUUCCACAUUCAAAGAGUAAGGAGAAUUAGUAUCAUCUCCGGGGCUACAUGUAUAAGUUUAUAACAUGUGUCCAUCUAUAAAAUCCAAGUUACCUGUUUCGUGCAAGUCAUGUGUGCCUCCUGUGUGUAUCUGGGUUUUGUAAGUUGUGUUUCAUGACAAUCUAGAUAAAUGUUUUAUGUGUACAUAAUUGUAUAUUAUGAGUCAUACUCUUUGUUCAAAAUUCAUCUUCCACACAUCGUACGAAAUGUAUAUAUUUGUUUGAAUUAACCAAAUCUAAUAGUAGUUUUUGUUGAAUUACACUCAGUGGGAUUCUCCACGAUGCACUGAACGAUACUACUAUUACAAGGAUUCUGCACCUGCCAAUCUACAAUGGUACCAGCGUGCCCAAAACAGAAAUCAGGAGCGAAGACCCCAUCCCAGGUGUUUGGACAGGAGCUUCCAGAGAGAAGAAGAAUACAAUCUCAGAGCAGGUAAUCGUUACUUCAACACUCAUGAUUCUAGUUACCGGCGUAGAGCUAGAUUUUCUCCUUCAAGCAAGAAUCGGAACCGGGAUUAUCUCAUGUUCUGCCAAGACACCUUAUUCCCAAAGGCAGCCCACAAUCCCAGGAACUACAGAAAUCAAACUGAAUCAAGAGAAAUACUCAACAGAGGGCCACCUCUUCUGGAACAUCAACGAGAUGCUAUUGAUUGCCUGCAAGUACGGCCUAACCCUCGUCAACCAUGUCUCAGACCAAAAACAGGGGAGACGGAGGAUGGCUGGCGCACGGUCAACAGGGGACGGCGCCACCCCCCUCACCUCAAUCAACGCCUCCCAACGCACCAGCUAUUGUUCCCAGAUCCAAUUUGGGUGGCUGAAAACUCUAAUUGUUAUCUCAGCUUGGGAUUUGAUUAUGAAAUUCCUAUCUCAACGCAACCAUAUGAACUCGACGGCGAACCAGACCUCUCGUCCAACCUCAACGGAAAACAUCGAACGAGAGAAAAAAACAACCAUGAUAAAAGACUAAUAAGCGACACUCGAAGAAUCGCUAUAGACCGUCAACGUUGCGAUAAAGGGAAGACAUCAUCAGCGACCUCCGCGCCGGGGACCUCCACGCCGGCAGCCCCAUCCGUUAUGGAAUCUGGACCUACGGUUGACAAUCUCACCUCCAUAUCAGGGGCUCCACUGGUGGUUAGACACGCAGAGGAGACACACACCCCUGGUAACGCACAACCUCUCACAUGGGCUGAUAUAGUGAGGUUCGAUGCUGACAAAAAACAACUGAGUGAUAUUUCAGAACCUGCCCACGUUUCUCCCUCAAAAGACAGGCGUAUUAUUAUUAAAGAGUUAGACUACACUCUUAUGGACCCAGUCGAAAUAAUUCAGGAAGUGGAAGCCUGUGAAAAAUACUCUUUCUUUGCGGAAGAUGGGUUUGACUCAAUUAAGAUUGAAUCUAAAAUGUUUAAAUUCGCACUCCAAGGUAGCAAUUUGGUCCUCUUCGAAAUUAAAAAUUCCCAGCUGCGCAAAAUGGAGGUCAAUCUUGACAUCGCUCCCCGAAUCAUCUGCUUCAUGUCUCAGCUCACAAAUUUAGCUCAACCAAAUUUGAAGCAGUCUAGGCGAUUUGGAGAUAUCACUGUUUGUUUAGAAACAAACAGAUCAGGCUGCUAUGUCAAAAUUUUCAAGCACAAGGGGAGCUCCAUUAAUAUUCCCGUGGGACAUAAAAAAUCAAGUUUGCUUCAAUUUAUCAAUAUUUUCUCUAAUUUUGUUGGGAUAACAAAAUAUGUGCAGGAUGACUCAAUCAAUCUUCAACUAAGGAGCACAAUUGAAUCCGAGGAUCCUACAUCCAUCUCCAAAUUGAUCUUAAAUUCUCAGAUUCAGGGUCAAUGCACUGAAAAUCAAAAUGUCAUAUCUUCAGAGAAAGAACCUGAGUUGCCACGGAUCCAGGCUUACUCAGACGCUUCUGACAGUUUUGAUUAUUCCGAUGACUCUUUUUUUGCAGAUGACUUUCUUGGACAUGCAACUGAAAGUGACCGUCGUCCACCUAUUUCAUACCCCGAAGAAAUUAGGAAAUCCAAAUUCAACAGGGAAAUUUGCUCCAAAGCAAAUUUUGUGACUUCCGAAAAUUGUCUGCCAACAGACAACCUUAACAAGCAACUUAAGAUCUACAAGAAAUCUCAAAAAAACAAAAGGCGUCACAGCAUGAAGACUAGGUCACAAUCCAGAGAUUUCCCUUGGGAGUAGCUUGUUUUUUUUUGUCUUUUUUCUUUUCCUUUCUUUUUCUUUUCUCUUUUUAUGUUUUUUUUUUCUUUCUUUUCCUUUUCGCAUUGUACUAUUUCCUUUUAUCAAUAAAAUCCUCUUUAAAAA